UGUUACCUGAGUGGGAGUUUUCAUUGUGUUGAUCAGGACCAAACUAUUUUUCUCAAGAGAGAAUGACUAUCAACAGCUUCUCCAUUGAUUAUGAUGCGAUCAAUGCACAGAACAUCUUCACCAGUGGGGAUCGUCUGACUGGGCGAAUCACUGUGGAUGUCUCAAAAGAAACUAAGAUCCAGUCUCUCACUUUUUUGGCAAAAGGAAAGGCUAUUGUGCGUUGGACUGAACAUUAUGGACAGUAUACAACAGUUGUAUACUAUGCCAGCGAGAAAUACUUCAAAAUUGAGAACAAUAUAUUGAAGAAGGGAAGAGGCAAUGAUUGUGAAAUCAUCAGUCCAGGGAGACACGUGUUCCCUUUCACGUUUCAAAUUCCAGACAGAAAUAUACCAAGCACCUUCAAAGCCAGGCGAGGCAAUAUUGUCUACUCGUUGGAGGCAAAGUUGAGCAGAUCAAUGAAGGUGGACAAGACAGCCAAGACUAAGUUCACCUUCAUCUCCAAAGCAGACAUAUCUCUUCCUGCAUUAAUGGAACCUCAGCAUGGGACCAAGGAUAAGGAUAUUGUGUUCUUUGCGUCUGGAAACAUCUCUAUGAGUAUUCACACUGAGAAGAUGGGAUACCAGCAAGGUGAGACAUUGGAAGUCACAGCACAUAUCACCAACAGCUCAACACGCACAAUCAAGCCCAUUUUCUACUUUUAUGAAAAGAAGAGUUUCUUUGCCCGAGGGGAAAGAAGAGUCGACACGCAAAACCUUGUGAAAGAAAAAGGCGAGUCUAUUGCUUCGUCCAGCAGACAGAUUGUGACCAAGCUCUUCACCAUCUCUGCAGACCUCACUCCAACCAUCCUCAACUGCCAUAUACUCAAGCUAGAGUACAGACUGAAGGUUGCCCUUGAUGUUGCCCUGACUAAAAACCCUGAGAUCAAGCUACCCAUCAUUGUUCUCCCUGCAACUCAAGGUCUUGGGCAGGAACCCCCACCUUACACCUUACUCCCUAACAUUGAUGGGUCAGCCUCCAAGCAGCUAUAGGCACGCGGGAUCAAAUGAAAUACUACUCUCUUCUGAUGCAUAUUAAUCUGUCAAUGUACUGUAUACAGUGUAUUUAUGUGUAUGAUUUAACCGUAAUUUUGGUCCUUUUUUAAAUCUGAGAUUGCUAAAUGUGUUGUUUUUUUGUAUAUUAUUUAUU